AAAGAUAAGCUGGCAGAGCUAGACUCAAUCCUAGGCCUCCCCGUCCUUCCCAUUCAUCGGAGUCUGCUGACCCCUGCUUGAGUCUGCUUCCUUCAUGCUCUUUCCAGGAGACACGCAUCAUCACCCUCUUUUCUGUUCUUUAGUCAUCAGUACCCGCCCCCCAGUCUCCUCCUCCUCCAUCUCCCCCUCCAGAGGUUUGGCCCAAACAAGGCCGCUGAGUAACUCCCCUGAUUAAACCAUUGCGUGGCUCUCAGCGGCAGCACUGGGGAGGUCAAGGAGUUAUCCAGGGACCUCCUUCCCAGCUCCCUAGGAGUGAGCACCCUCUGGGCAGCGCCCCCACCCAUCUUCCUAACAGGAGUUCUGAGCAGCCACCCCAAACGGGACAGAAGUUCCUGGGAAAGGAGAUUCUCCCGGCUGAAAACUGAGCUAGCGUGCUAGAAUUGGCUGCAUCGGGGGCCUGGGAGGAGUUCGGCUUCCAGUCUAUCUCUGGUGCCCCCUGCUGGAGAAAGCUGGGUGCAGGAAACAGGGAUACUUGCACUCGGGGAAUCUGGCUGGGGCUGUAGGUCUCAAACAGGACAUCUGAGGAGUGAGAUGAAUUCAUAUCAAAACCGACCCUGGAGGGAGAGGAAGAGCCAGUCACCUAAAAACUCCAGCUGUGGGACCUCGAAGAGCGCUUCGUAAAGGGCUGCUUCUCUGCUCGGCACCCCAAGGAAGCUGGGGAGAGGUCUCUGCUCUGGAUGAGGCAGGGGGCGAGAAGGAGGAGGUUCAGAGACCUUUUGUUCAUGCCCUCUUUGCCUGCGCUGCCUCCGUCAUGCUCCCCUCGGGGCCAUCUCCUGGUUUCCUUUGGGUCGGAGAUAUUGCACACAGAGCAGAAGGAUCUGAUCUGACUGUUGGCUCAUCUGCACUGCCGGCCCCCGAGCCUCGUCCCAUUUCAGUGACAAGGCAAGUGUGAAAAAUGGAGCAUGAUGGAGACGUCACUAGACCUCCCAGGCUCCGGACUGGAGCUGCAGCUCUCAAUGCAGCUGGAAUUGCCAGGGGCAGUGAGUGCUUGUCCAGCUUACUGCUCUUUGGAAGGGGCAUACAUCUCCCUGAGUGCUUGUGUGUGCAUGCAUGUGUGUGUGUGUGUGUUUGUGCGCGCAUGUGUGUGUGUGCAUGCACGUGUGUGUGUGUGCGCGCAUACAAGGCUGGGAGCUGUGCGGCAGGCACCCUGGCUUCGGGGACCCAAACUAGCCAGCUUCCCUUUCUGGGCCUGCUGGCCUAAUUCCCAGCCGCAGCUGCCAUUCUGGGCCCCCCUCCCUGAGGCCAUCUCCCUGCAGAUUUGGCAGCGGGGAAAGGAGGGGCCGAGAGAAGAGGAGAGAACCAGAGAGAGGACUGAGUGCUAAUCUGAUGUAGAUGAUCCGGCAGCCUUCUCCAGCUUGGCUGCCCUCUGCCAUCAGCUCUCCAGGUGAUUUUCCCUGUGCCCUGCACUCUCCCCUUCUGCUUUCAUCUCCUUAAGAAAGUGCCCAGAGAGUUAAACCCACACACAAACACACACAAUCCACCCAAAAAAAAAAAAAAAAUCAGAGAGCAGGAGCAGGCAGACGAGUAAGAGAGCACGCGCGCAAGAGAGGGCUCACAUCCGUCCUGGAGGAAGAACGGCACAGACGGAGGGAGGCUGGGGUUGGCAGAGACUGGGACAGAAGUCCCUCAGCCCCCCAGGAGCCUCCUUCAUGGACCCGGAGAUCCCAAGAGGGGCUGCCUCAACUUAGGAUGGGCAACUGUGUCAAGUCUCCACUGAGAAAUCUCUCAAGGAAGAUGUGCCAGGAGGAACAGACCAGCUACAUGGUGGUACAGACGAGCGAGGAGGGGCUGGCGGCCGACACCGAGCUCCCAGGACCGCUCCUGAUGCUGGCCCAGAACUGCGCAGUCAUGCACAACCUGCUGGGCCCUGCCUGCAUUUUCCUGCGCAAGGGCUUCGCUGAGAACAGGCAGCCUGAUAGAUCGCUGCGACCAGAGGAAAUCGAAGAGCUCCGAGAGGCCUUCAGAGAAUUCGACAAGGACAAGGAUGGCUACAUCAACUGCCGGGACCUGGGCAACUGCAUGCGCACCAUGGGUUACAUGCCCACUGAGAUGGAGCUCAUCGAACUGUCCCAGCAGAUCAACAUGAACCUGGGUGGCCAUGUAGAUUUUGAUGACUUCGUGGAGCUAAUGGGGCCUAAACUCCUGGCAGAGACAGCAGAUAUGAUUGGUGUAAAGGAACUGCGAGAUGCUUUCCGAGAGUUUGACACCAAUGGUGAUGGGGAAAUAAGCACCAGUGAGCUGCGAGAGGCUAUGAGGAAGCUCCUGGGCCAUCAGGUGGGACACCGAGACAUAGAGGAAAUUAUCCGAGAUGUGGACCUCAAUGGGGAUGGACGAGUGGACUUUGAAGAGUUUGUCCGGAUGAUGUCCCGCUGAGGCCGCGGGGGCCCCUCCAGGACUGCCAAGCUCCCAAUGGCGGGGCGAAGAGGAGCCAGAGCUUGCCUCACCCGCCGUAGCCGCCGAGAGCCCAGGAUGUAUUGGCGGAUGGGGCCUGCCUGCACCCCGGGGAGGCGCCCACCCCGGACCCCCACCCCUCCGCACUGUGAAAGACUCACUCCUGCAACUGGAAAGCGGGGGCGCCCGCCGACGAGGAGGCCACCGUGCCAAGCCGGCAGAGGUCAUGCCAGGCGCCAAGGGCCAUGUGCCCAGCUGCUGCUGGCUGGGUGGGCCAGGGAGCCCGCCAGCAGAUCCCACACAGCAUGUCCGCCCCAGGGCAAAGCCUCCCACCUUCGCUCUGCGCCCCUCCCAGCUCGCCUCAGCCCUGUUAUCUCAGAACCAAUAAAAAUAUUUCCAAGAGCAA